GUAACUCGCUGUAGCAGGGGUGUUCUGAAGAUACGUGUACGGAUUUGUACCGAAUAAACUUGGAGAGCAGCAACCACCCACCAAAGACCGACCUCGACUCGGCACGACUCGCUCUGCGGCAUCGCACAAUUGACUUUCGGGACAGAUCUGCGCGGUAUUCGAGUUACCCGCAUCACGUUGGUCGGUUUGAAUCGUACUACCGUUGAACGCAGGUGCAACACCAGCUCCGACACUUCCAAAUUCCGACAACUUCGACUCGGCCUCUUCUUCCCAAGACUCCAUCCCGAUUCUCCGAAGCGAUGCAGGCUCCUCCUCCCCAGGGCCCUCCCCAGGGCGGCCAGAUGCCGCCCAUGAUGCCUAGCCCAGAGCAGAUUGCCCAUAUGCAACGGCAGCUUGCCAUUGACGCAGAGAAGAUGGGCGUGACCGUGCCGCAGUUCAUUGAACACCUCAAGCGACAAGCACAGGAACGGAUGCAAGCGCAGCAACAGCAACAGCAGCAGCAAGGGCAAGAAGGUGGUGCCGAACAUCAACACCAGCACCAACACCAGCAUCAACACCCCCACCCUCACCAACACCAGCACCAGCACCAGGGCCAGGGCCAGCAGCAGCCAAUUGUGCCGGGCCCGCCCAACCCGGUUGCUAUCGCUCUCGCCAAGUUCCUCCGCAGCCAGACUCUCAAGCCGCGCACCUGCAUUCUUAAUGGCGAGCGCAAGGACAUGUUCAGGGUCAAACGCGCCCUCCGCGCGCUCGAAUCCGACGCGUACAAGGCCGCGCGCAAGAAGAACCCCGCACUCCCCGAGAUCACGGACCGCGCGUCGCUCGAGAACGCGUUCAAGCUCCUCCCGCUGUCGAUGCUCGCCCUGCGGGUGGUCAAGUCGGACCCGCACGAGGGCCACGACCACGGCCCGAGCAAGAAGCAGGGCAAGCGCACCAAGGGUCUCUGGACGGUGCGCAUCGAGCCGCAGCAAGAGGCCGGCGACGACAUGUACUACGUCUGGCUGUGGGAGGGCAGCCAGGUCAUGCGCAAGGUAUACGCCGCGUUGGCCCUCGCCGCCAUCUUCGCCGUCGUCUGCUACCCGCUGUGGCCCGUCAAGCUGCGCCAGGGUGGUUACUAUCUCAGUUGGGCCUUCCUCUGCUUCAUGGGCUUGUUCUUCGCCAUGGCUAUCUUCCGUGUCAUCCUCUUCUGCAUCACCUACUUCGUCCUGUCACCCGGCUUCUGGCUGUUCCCGAACCUAUGGGAGGACGUUUCCGUCGUCGACAGCUUCAAGCCUGUUUGGGCGUGGCACGAGCCCGCCGCCGCCAAGAAGAAGAAGAAGACGACCAAGAAGUCGGCCAGCGGUUCCGCGGCUGCCGGCGCGACCUUCUCCGGCGCCACUGGACAGCCGGCCCCCGCGAGCGCUACUACGACUGCUACUGCCACACAAAUCGCCACCGGUCUGCAGCAGCGCAGCUAUAUGGCGCCGAGGGUUGAGGAGCUGGAAGACGACGAGUGAUUGCGGGUUGCGGCGUCCGGCGUGGCAUGUGGGGGAUGGAGGUUGCUGGCCUGGGGGGGCUUUCAUGUAUGUAUGUUUAAUCCUGGGCUGUCGGCCUGGUAGUGCGGGGACGGUUUCAAAAGGCACGUCGGGUUAUCAACAAUGGAAUACCUGGGUUUUCAUAACAGUGAUGCCAUGGAACCGUAUAAGCGCGAUUACCAGCCCCUCUGCCC